ACUGUCUCUUGGGAGUUGUGGUCCCUUCGGACUCACCGGCUUCUUGUUUGUGUCUUGUUCCCGUUUCUGGGCUCGGAGCCUCUCCGCUAAUCUCUGGGCAUUUACGGACGUAGAGGCAGCGGCAACGGAACAAAAUGGCUUUGAGACGAGACUGAAGAGACUCCCCAAACCCUGGCCGUUUCCCCAGAUCCAGAGGCCCGACACCCUCCACCUGGGCGCCGCCAUCUUGCCAGGAAGGGAGGGGCGAGCCAAGACCACGUGGAGAAGGGCGGCAAGAGUGAGGCGGGAGUGGGUGGACCCCGUAGGUCACGUGGUGCGGGGUGGGGCCUGGACGAGUCACGGGGGUUAGGUGCGCGCUCAGUGCGGCUGCGCCGGCCGGUAGCUGCAGCUGGAGCAGUGGCGUUUGGAGGAGACUCGGAUAUACCUUCUCAGAAGCUGCACAGGAGGAAAAGUAGUGACAAAGAAAGAAGUUGUCAUUCUUUGCACGCUUUCUCAUCAACAGAAUCAAAAGAUUUGACUAGAAACAUGAUCUACUUUCUAACUCACUACUAUGAUUUUAUUGUUUCUAUUUUCCUUAUGAUUAUGAUAUUAAAGAAGAAUUCCUAUGUGUGAUGGACUAUGGGAAACUGGAUGGCUUCUACAGGGAGCCAGGCCUCUGAUAUAGACGAGAUUUUUGGAUUCUUCAGUGAUGGCGCACCCCCCACCAAAAAGCCCAGGAAGCUGCUUCCAAGCUUAAAAACUAAGAAGCCUCGAGAACUUGUGCUAGUGAUUGGAACAGGCAUUAGUGCUGCAGUUGCACCUCAAGUUCCAGCCCUCAAAUCCUGGAAGGGGUUAAUUCAGGCUUUACUGGAUGCUGCCAUUGAUUUUGAUCUGUUAGAAGAUGAGGAGAGCAAAAAGUUUCAGAAGUGUCUCCAUGAAGACAAGAACCUUGUCCAUGUUGCCCAUGACCUCAUCCAGAAGCUCUCUCCUCGUACCAGUAAUGUUCGAUCCACAUUUUUCAAGGACUGUUUAUAUGAAGUAUUUGAUGACUUGGAGUCAAAGAUGGAAGACUCUGGAAAACAGUUACUUCAGUCAGUUCUCCACCUGAUGGAAAAUGGAGCCCUCGUACUAACUACAAAUUUUGAUAAUCUCCUGGAACUGUAUGCAGCAGAUCAGGGGAAACAGCUUGAAUCCCUUGACCUUACUGAUGAGAAAAAGGUCCUAGAGUGGGCUCAGGAGAAGCGGAAACUGAGCGUGUUGCAUAUUCAUGGAGUCUACACCAACCCUAGUGGCAUUGUCCUUCAUCCAGCUGGAUAUCAGAAUGUGCUCAGGAACACUGAAGUCAUGAGAGAGAUUCAGAAACUUUACGAAAACAAGUCAUUUCUCUUCCUGGGCUGUGGCUGGACUGUGGAUGACACCACUUUCCAGGCCCUUUUCCUGGAGGCUGUCAAGCAUAAAUCUGACCUAGAACAUUUCAUGCUGGUUCGGAGAGGAGACGUAGAUGAGUUCAAAAAGCUUCGAGAAAACAUGCUGGACAAGGGGAUUAAAGUCAUCUCCUAUGGAAAUGACUUUGCCGAUCUUCCAGAAUAUUUCAAGCGACUGACAUGUGAGAUCUCCACAAGGGGUAGAUCAGCAGGGAUGGUGAGAGAAGGUCAGCUAAAUGGCUCAUCUGCAGCACACAGUGAAAUAACAGGCUGUAGUACAUGAGCAAGCUAGAGAAAUCACCACCAUUAGACCAAGCUGUAAGGCCCUACCACGGACAGUGUUUAACAAAUAAACUUACAAGAACCCAACACAACUCCCAGAAAGUAACAAUAGCCAGAGGUUGAAGGGCGGGGUAGAAGAGGGGGGAAUGUUCCAGCGUAAUCCUUCAUACCACCUGGUUCUUGAUAUUCUGCUGCCUGUUCAAGAAUAGAAGUGACAGCAGGACCCAAAUGCAGCUCCCGACCCACUCCCCAGGCUGGACAUGCUUGUGUCCGCACAGCACACCAAUGUGAUACCUCCACUGACUGGCUGCAGCUCUGCAUGGACUCGGGGUCUAGAUGCCAUGGAAUCACCGUGGCUCUUGUUGCAGUUUUGUACUCUAUACUUGGUUUUUCAAUUAAGCUUAAUGGCUUUUUUAAAACAUGACUUGAAGCUCUAGUUUUCUAGAUCUUUUACAGUGUACAGUAUUUUACAUAACUGAGCUGUAUUAAAAGCUUGUUCAUUUACUUGCCAGGACCCCGGCUCUACUUUGAGAGUCAUUGUAGAAGACUCUAACUUGCAUCACGGUACUAACUAAUAAGCUUCAUUUUACUAACCCCAAUUUUAAAGGUUCUGAUCUUUCACCUUGGGGUGAUCUCAUUCUUAGGACAACCGUUUACUUACCUGAUUCCUUGGAGUAAACUUCUGCUCUGUUGUCCUGACCAUAUAUAAGCCCUAGAACUAUAGUUAGUGUGUUGUGGAAUUUUAGUUUUGAAUCCUGUAUAAAAGAACUCCAAGACCUAAAA